AUGGGACAGCAUGAGAAGGCCCUACAAGUUCAUUUAACAUGUUUGAACUUCGUCGAAAAACGAGCCAAAUCUAAUCCACGGUAUCUGGCUGUUUGCCUUGGCCGUGUUGGCACUACCUAUCUCGACAGGGAUGAAUACGAUCAAGCAAUGAAUUACUGCAUGAAAUCUAAUAAAGUAAUAGGGACUUGUUAUCCGUCUGAUCAUGUUGAGUGUGGGAAAAAUUUCGCAAAUAUUGGCACUGUUCACUAUAUGAGAGGGGACAUUGACAGAGCAUUGUUACGAACAAGCAUUGAGUAUAGUCGAAAAAUGCCUUGUACCCGAUCAUACGCAGAUCGUUGCGUUGUUGAAUAA